ACGAGACAGGGAAAGGCACGGACAGAAAGGCACAGUACGUUGGAACAAGCGAGCCCAUUUGUCUUGCCCGAACGGCAAACGCUGGACCGAACAACCUGCCCUGUUUAGCUUCUGAGCCCAGGCAUGGUAGUCCAAGGCUGCCACCUGCUGAGGCAAAAUGCAACAAGACUGCAUAGGGCUAACGGUGUGAAGUCCAAAAAUCUUGACGUCAAAUAGAAGACUGCAAAACGUGGAAGACGUCCCUCAUUGGCUGGGCGAGCAGACAAACGCCAAGGGCUCUGGGAGGCCGGGCAGAAUCGUCGGGAAAGUUCGAGAGGGGAAUCUGUGCGGCUGCGCCAACGCCUGGCCCUGAAUAAAAGUUGACCAUCAAAUAAGCUGGUGCUCCGCUCAGAGAUGGAGGAGCUACAGAAAGAUUUGGAAGAAGUGAAGGAGCUUUUGAAAAUGGCAACAAGAAAGAGAGUAUAUGACUUUCUGCUGGCAGAAAAAAACAAAAUAGAGAGAGAAAUCAAGAAUCGGCAGCCACUCAAACUAAAAGCUGAAGGAUCUGAAGAAGAAAAACCAAUAGUCACUGGAUACACAGUGAAAAUCAACAAUUAUGCAUGGGAUCAGUCUGAUAAAUUUGUGAAAAUCUACGUCACAUUAAGUGGUGUUCAACAUCUGCCAGCUGAGAACGUUCAGGUGCACUUUACAGAAAGUUCAUUUCAUCUGCUGGUGACAAAUUUAAACAACAAAAAUUAUACAAUGACGUUCAACAACCUUCUGAAACCAAUCUUAGCUAAAAGCAGCUCAUGGAAGAUCAAAACUGAUAUGAUCUUGAUAUUAUGUAAGAAGCAGCAAGAAGAAAAAUGGGAGUGCCUAACACAGGUUGAAAAAGAAACUAAGGAAAAAGAGAAAGCUUCCUAUGAUACAUCUGACCCCAGUGAAGGAUUGAUGAAUCUACUCAAAAAGAUGUAUGCAGAAGGAGAUGAUGAGAUGAAGAGAACAAUUAACAAAGCAUGGGUGGAGAGCCGAGAAAAGCAAUCCAAAGAUGAUUUGCCAUUAGACAUUUGAACAAGUGUUGAAGACUGUGCUUGCCAAUUUAAUCUACAUUUAUGUAUGGAGGUUUUGUUGCAAUAUUCUGUUCAGAGAACAUGUGCUCUUUAUAUAGCCAUCUUCAAAGCAAAGACUACAAAAUUUAUGUUUAAGAUUGGAGAUGGGAAAUAAAAUAUGGUGUAAAACCUC